UAAGGUCAGUAAUAUCCCCAUUUAGUUUAUUGGUAUAGUAUAAUUCAGAUACACAAUCACCUUCGCCACCAAUCUUCCAAGCUCCUCCCCCUCGUCGCAAAAGAAGUUCACUCCUACCUUCCCUCCCCAAAGCUAACCAACCCCUUUCCUCCAGACCUCUCUCUCCGAUUUAUCCGCCACACCAAAACAAAAAAAAACAUGUGCACCCAAGUCUACCUCCGCUUCCACGGCUGCCACUGCGAGCUCCGCUACCGUCUCGACGAGUGCAAGCACGGCCCUGCCUCGCCUCAUUGCAAAUACAUCCAGAAGGCGUACUACGUCUCGCGACGCCCCGAAUGUCACCACCACGCUUGGGUGCAGAAGCGACGGACUAUGUACAAGAUGUUGCGGGCCCGGCUGGAGGUUUUUCCUGCACUGCCAUUUCAACCUCCUCAGGCGACACUGCCCCUCGUGCAGCCGACGCAGCCGAUGCAGCCGAUCCCGUCGGUGUGGGAUAUGCCAUGGAUGCAGGACAUGUUGUCGACCCUGAACAUGCCUUCAAUGCCGUCAACGUUGGAUAUGUCAUCAAUAUCCAGCAUGUCGUUGAUGCAGCAGCCGCACUUGCCUCGGCCUCCGCCCCAGCAGCAACAGCAGCAACAACAACAGCGACGACGUCUUGACCCGAAUGACGAGGAGUUCAGGGACUUGCUUACACGCCAGACGGAGCCGGGAAAUUGGUGGGAUUGAGGAGCGUAUGACACGAUUUGGUGCGAUAUGGUUGAUAAAUUAUCCGCGCCUUUUUAGUCUAUCGGAAGGAACCUGGAUGACGAGAUACUUGAUGGAUCCCAUCGCGUUGCAUUUUGGAGCAAGAAAAGCGAAACAAAAAUACUGUCAUGAUAUUUGAUGGACUGGACGACGAGAUUACGUACAAUUGUCGGGAGUAUAUUGGAUUGUGACCUGUAGGCACAAGUUGGAACAGGAGCCGGACGGGGUUAUGAAUUAUACCACUUCGCCU